AUGUCUGUGCCUUUCACUGUGAAAAUAACAAAAGUACCAAGCCGCUGGCGGCCGUCACUCCAAACUCUUCGAAUCCCUGCGCAUACAAGGAAUUAUGCAGUUCAAGCGCCCGGAAGACCGACUCUAGAGGUCUUCAAUAGAGCAGUCAAGCAUAUGCAGAAGGACCGCGCUGCUCGGAAUGUGGAACAGAGCCGCCAGGUGGACUACAUCAAGGAUGAGGUAGCAAAGAGAUUGUGUGAAAGAUUACUGGAUAUCAAAAGGUCUUUCCCAAAUGCCCUCGACCUCGGCGCAAAUAGUUGCAACAUUGCCAGAGCUUUGACAGCUCCCAAUCCCGACCCCGCGGUGGAAACAUCUCCACCUCUAUCAAACCGCAUUGGUUCCCUCACAUGCAUCGAAACAUCGCAUGCAUUAUUACAUCGUGAUGCAGACCUUGGAUUCAACGACCAAAUGUCUAUCCAGCGUGAUGUAAUCCCCGAUCUAGAGUCGCUACCUUACCAGCCGAACACCUUCGACGCCGUUUUGUCGUCGCUCUCCAUCCACUGGGUUAACGACCUCCCAUCUCUCCUGGCGCAGAUCAACGGCAUACUCAAGCCUGAUUGCCCCUUUAUUGCAGCGAUGUUUGGCGGCGAUACUCUCUUCGAACUACGUUCGUCACUACAACUUGCAAACAUGGAGCGCCGUGGAGGCGUAAUCCCGCAUAUUUCACCGCUGGCCGAUGUGAAGGAUGUUGGGGGUCUAUUGACAAAAGCCGGCUUCAAGAUGCUGACCGUGGAUGUUGAGGAUAUUGUUGUUGAUUACCCAGAUACGUUUGCCUUGAUGGAGGAUCUGCAGGCAAUGGGUGAGAGCAAUGCUACCGUGCAGCGAGGCCCGCUCUCGAAAGAUGUACUGUUGGCAAAUGAAGCUAUCUACCGGGAGUUGCACAACGAGGAACAUGGUGAGCCUGAGCACGGCCAUGGUGGUAUUCCAGCUACAUUUAGGAUCAUCUUCAUGAUAGGGUGGAAGGAAGGAGCAGGACAGCGGCAGCCUUUGCAGAGAGGUAGCGGGGAAGUCAAUCUUACGGAUAUCCUCGGUGGAGGCGAUUUUGAACAAAAAUAG